GCACCCUGGCAAGCAGUCUAGUCUACUAGAGGAGGCGUCUCUGAACCGGCCGACUGUGAAGGGUCGGGACGGCAAGAUAGAAGUCGUCUGGCUGGGUUUAUCCCGGUGCACAUGAGGACCGAGAAGCUUGGAUACUCAGAGGACUCAAAAUGCACCGAAUAACGGGAAGGGCAGGAGGGGACAGUUUGAUUGAGAUGAGCCCCACAGACUCUGUCAAUGAUGACAUUAAUGGCUACCACCAACAUGGCUCAUCCGGCUCAGGAUCCCAGCAGGAACAAUCAGGGUCUCCUGUAAUGCCUGAUGUCAGUGUAGAGACCUGUGAGUCUCUAAACACCAGCCUGGUCUCGCUGGCCCCCUCUGACCACAGUGACAGUCCGCCGUUUGAGACCCAGACCUUAGAGCGUAUUGAUGAUUUGACUGGGCUGGCAAGAAAGCGGGCACUUUUCCUGAAGUUUCGUUCCAGGAUUGACAAACAGCAACAAAGUAAAGACUCCGUGUUCUUCCGGGAUGGACAGCGCAGGAUUGAUUUCGUCCUGUCCUAUGUUGACGAUAAAGAUGGUGAAAGAAAACUGGAAAGGAGGAAGGUGUACGAGUCAAAUCUUGAGAAAGUCGGCCUGGAGCUGGAGACAGAAGAUAAAAUGGAAUCAGAAGAUGGGAAGACUUAUUUUGUGAAGAUUCACGCUCCGUGGGAAGUGUUGGCCACCUACGCAGACGUGCUGAAGAUAAAGGUGCCAUUCAAGGCCAACGACAUCCCAGACAACAGCGAGAUGCCCAUGAAUUGGCUGGCUACUCCUUUCCGUCUGCCAGAGCACAUCAUGCAUCCUGAGCCGGAUUAUUUCACAGCCCCAUUCAACAAGAGCAAGUCCGACUUCUUCCUGAUUGAUGAUAAAGAGACAUUCUUUCCCCCUUCUACGCGCAACAGGAUAGUCUACUACAUCCUGUCCCGCUGUUCUUACACCAGGGAGGACUGUGCAGAUAGAGACAAGAAGGGAAUCAAGCGGUUACUUAACAAUGGCACUUACUCUUCUGCCUUCCCACUACAUGAUUGUAGAUACUGGAAAAAAUCAAGGGAUGCAAACUGCGAAAGUGAGAGGUACAAUCUCUACAGAUACUGGGCUGGAUUUGGCUCAUUCUUCAAGGAGCAGCCUCUCAAUCUUGUACGGAAGUACUAUGGGGAGAAGAUAGGUAUUUAUUUUGCUUGGCUGGGUUUCUACACAGAGAUGCUUUUUUUUGCAGCGGUUGUCGGGACGAUUUGUUUUGUCUACGGAUUCCUCACCUUUGAUGACAAUGAGUGGAGUAAAGAAAUUUGUAGUGAAGAAAUCGGAGGCGAAAUUGUCAUGUGCCCACUGUGUGACAAGAAAUGUGGCUACUGGAAGCUUAACUCAACAUGCAACUCCUCAUGGCAAUCACAUCUGUUUGACAAUGUGGCAACAGUGUUUUUUGCCAUAUUUAUGGGAAUCUGGGUGACACUCUUUCUGGAGUUUUGGAAGAGGCGGCAGGCUCGUCUCGAGUAUGAGUGGGAUCUGGUUGACUUUGAGGAGGAACAACAGCAACUGCAGCUUCGACCAGAGUAUGAGACCAAGUGCACCAACCGCAAGCUGAACCGCAUCACUCAGGAAAUGGAGUUGGUUCUUCAAAGGACUCCUACAGAUAUAGUGGGGAAAAUGUUUGUGUGCUGGGCCACCGUGAUACUCUGGAUCUCAUUGAUUAUUGCCUGCAUCAUUGGGGUGAUAGCGUACCGCCUGGCGGUAUACGCAGCCUUCGCCAGCAUCAUGAAGGACAACCCCACCACCCAACUGCAGGUGGUUGGUCCGUUGAUCACACCGCAGUUGGCCACCUCCGUCACCGCCUCCUGCAUCAACUUUGUCAUCAUCAUGGUUCUUAACCUCAUGUAUGAGAGAGUGGCUGUCUGGAUCACUGACAUGGAAAUCCCCAAGACCCACCUGGAGUAUGAAAACAAGCUGACAGUGAAGAUGUUCCUCUUCCAGUUUGUAAACUACUACUCCUCCUGCUUUUAUGUGGCUUUCUUCAAGGGCAAAUUUGUCGGCUAUCCUGGAGAUUAUGCUUAUAUGUUUGGCAAGUGGAGCAAACUGAGGAAUGAAGAGUGUGACCCUGGUGGCUGUUUGAUUGAGUUAACCACCCAGCUGGUGAUCGUGAUGACAGGUAAACAGGUUUGGGGCAACAUCCAGGAGGCUCUCGUCCCGUGGUUGAUGAACUGGUGGGGCAGCCGAAAAGCACGAAGCCACCCAGAGAGUCUGUACAGCCGCUGGGAGCAGGACCAUGACCUGCAGGGCUUUGGACAACUGGGCCUCUUCUAUGAGUACCUGGAAAUGGUGAUCCAAUUUGGUUUCAUCACCCUUUUUGUUGCCUCCUUCCCCCUGGCACCCCUGUUGGCUCUCAUAAACAACAUAAUUGAGGUGAGAGUGGAUGCCUGGAAGCUCACCACACAGUUCAGACGUCCUGUAGCAGCAAAAGCCCACAGCAUAGGAGCCUGGCAGGAGAUCCUUAACGGGAUGGCUGUCCUCUCUGUUGUCACAAAUGCGUUCAUCGUGGCCUUCACCUCUGAUAUGAUCCCUCGGCUCGUUUACAUGUACGCCUAUCAGCCAGACGGGGAGAUGAAUAUGAAGGGCUACAUAAACAACAGCCUGUCUGUGUUUAACAUCUCUGAGAUCCCGCUGGCCAAUAGGCCUGAGGAUGGGGAGAACCCUCUCUGGUUCAACAGCUCCAUCACAGCCUGCAGGUAUCGUGAUUAUCGCUACCCUCCAGGCCAUGAGAAGCAGUACUCCCACACCAUGCAGUUCUGGCACAUUAUAGCUGCCAAGCUGGCUUUCAUCAUCAUCAUGGAGCACGUCGUCUUCGUUGUGAAGUUCUUUGUGGCCUGGUUGAUUCCUGACAUUCCCUCCGAUGUCAAGGCUCGAGUGAAGAGAGAGCGCUACCUGGUCCAGGAGUACCUCCAUGACUACGAGGUGGAGAAGCUGAAGAUCCAGCUCAGCCAAAACAGCCAGGAUGGGUGUACCUGCACACCUAUGAUCUAUCCGUCCUUACCCAGACAUGAGGUGCUGUCAGAGUGUCUCUAGCCCAGCGAGCAGCUGCUCAGUCAGCUCCACAGGAAGAGAAGUCACAGUAAAAUAGAUUGUCCUGCUUGUUUAUUUAGAUACUGACCAUCACUCUGCUGUAGUUCUAUUUAAGAGCUUGAGGCUUCACUUCUACACCAAACUUCUUGACUAAUCUGCUGACAAAGAAAGUGCACACGUGAAAGACUAAGUCUCCCUGCAUGCUGAAAUCUGAGGCAGAUUUAACCCUGCCUCAUAUUUAUGUCUUGUCACUCUCUGUUAUAAUCAAAGUGCUGAAGAUAAUCCAAACUUGCUGUAAGGGAAGGAGAGAAACUAGAAAACACUGUGUCUAAGACAAGCAACAUACGCUUGCCGUAAUACAAGACUAUUUAUUGAAGUGCCACUAUGAGUAACCAAAGGUUAGAUGCCUUAAUAUAUCACACACUUACUGUAUUAUUGUCUCCAUCAGCCUUUCCAGUACAGCUGAUAUUAUUGAAAACUGAGAGUUUGCUUAUUAUGGGGCUUUUAUUUUUCAGAUGCACAGCUGUAUGAAGGCUUACAGUGGCAUAAAUUGUAAGUCAAUAUUAAAUUCUACUUCAGGCCAAGAUCUGAGUGAAGUUUUUUUUUUUUUUUUUUUUAUGAAGGGUAACCUGUGCUGCUGUUGCUACUGUGAGGACACAUUUAGUCCAGCCAUGGCCAGUUCGAAGCACUAUCAGCUGUUCGAAGAUCACUGUUGACAUUUUUCUGUAGAGUAGCAGCUUUAAAACAGAGAAAGUGAAGAGAUCCCUUUUUAAUGUGCCUCUGUUUACCAAAACAAACUAAUGACAGCCUGCUGUGCUCUAUGAACUUUGUUCACUCCUUCACACAAAGCUCAUCAGCCAUCGCCUUGCUCCUGUGCUGCUGCUUUCCUCAGCUGUGUCUGUGUAAAGGAGAAAGGAUACACAUUCUGUUUUAUUGUUUAUUUUUGCACAAAGCACUUAAUGAAACAAGACUACCAAGACAUAAACAUGUUGGUCUACUUUUUAAGACACUACGCGUUCAUAAUCAGUGUUUGGAAGCAGCUAUGUGGAUUAUUUUUGUUUAUUUCAAUGCGACACCAGUUGUACUGUAGGGAAGUAGAAGAAUUUGAUGUUUGAGUUGAUCCGAAAGGGGAAAUGUGUAGCUUUUUGUUUAGGAAUUGUAUGAAGGACUUUGUGUUUAUCAGGCUGCCUACAUAAAACUCUGUGUUGUUGAAGAAUUUAAAAAAUGCUUGCUUUGCUACAAACUCGGGCAACUAAAUGCAUGUAACUGUAGCUGAGAGCAAUGUUCAAGUUUCCACAUACUCUGCUUAGAUAAACUCAUGCCUGGUGAUGCCUUAAUAUUUACAUAACCAUUUUUUCUACAUUGUAUUUAAUUUCCCUGUACAUCUCUUUUAAUGAUUUUUUUUAAUGUCUUUUUUUGUUAUGAUUCAGUUUUAAUUUUAUACUACUUGGAAAAAAAGGUGAAUCUGUUUUACUGUAAAACAAAUUACAUUUUAGUUUUUUUUGUAAUUGUCCUGUAUCCAAACUGUAAACAUUGAUAAAUGUCUAAAAAUAAACUUUAUCAGUUCAACUUGA